AGCCAGAAAGCUGGUGGGAUGCGGCAGUUGUCGAUGAAAAUUUCAAUCCCAGGGGAUACAGAGAUGCUAACUGGCGCUACAUGAACGCGCGGUGUCCCCCGCGCUCCGAACUCAGCGGGCAGACGCCCUGUGACUUCGAGUGCACACAAGACUUAGACUGCCCAGAGAUGAAGCUUUGUUGCCCCAACGAGUGUGGCCGAGUAUGCGUUACCCCAAAAUUUAGUGGCUCCACUCGUUGCGGUUGCUCUGCCACUUUCGUCACUGACCUUAACGAGUAUUAUUCCUCACCCCCGGACAUUGCCAAGGUCGCACACUUCGUGUGGAAUGUCCCAGGAAGCUUGUCGUCCUCGCUUGAGCCUCACCUCUUCUUCGGUUGGUCCCGCAGCCGCAACUGGCUCGGGGCAGACGUGACGGAUGACUGCCGCUUGGAAAUGAAACUGCAGACUUUUAUCAUACGCUAUGAAAACUACGACCCCACGGAAAUGGAUGAAAAAAUUAUGUUCGCUAUCAUCACAGACGCAAACUCUACGCUCAUGCAAAGCGAUAUGGAUUUCUUGCCCGAAAUAUUCGAUCCGUUGGUUGUCAUCACAGUCGGCGACGUGGAUCCCGAGGGCAAGCUGGCCGGCGUAGCCAAGGAACUUAUUUCGGUGGACAGUUUGGACGACCUUGACGUCGCCGUCGAAAUGGCCCGAGGCUUCAUCGGCGAUUUAUGCAACUGUGGUGAUCCCAUAGAGAGUUCUUGCUUAGACUCUGGCGACCCAUGCGACGGAAAAUGCGAUCGUUUCGCCUUUACUUGCGUGGAAGGAAGCUGUCAGCGUUUUGUUCCGCAGGAAAUUCCCAGGACCUACAAAAGUCUUUUCGAUGUUUAUGAUGAAGACUUUGAGUAUCAUUACUAUUAUGACGAUUAUGACGAGCAUUAUUAUUAUGACUACUCUGACUUUAGAAGGAAAAUUCGAAGUGCGAAGCCUCCCGGGCAAAAGAAUGCCCACAGAGAUGGCUCACUAUUUCCCCCAAUAGUGAAAGAGAAGAACACACCCAAAAGGACAGCCUGGUGA